CACUCAGACUGGCAUCGGACAAUGGCUGUAAGCGGCCAACUUGUGCCAGCGUCAUCGCUUAUCCUCCGCUUUGCUGCGUUUCUGAAUGAAACGAAGCUUCUAAGCUUUAGACUGGAUCGUUCGACUCUUGGCCCACUUCCAUUUCGCCUGUCGCCCUGCCAGCUCGUCAGCCAACCAAAUAUACGUACGGCUGGCCAGUUCGGGAAAACAUUCUUUUCUCUGGUCUAUGGCGCGAGCCGUUCCGAUUGA